AGAGCCGCCGCCGCCGCGCGAUCCAGCCGGCCAUGGAGGGCGAAGCGCGCACUUGCCGCCUGAGCGCCGAUCCGGCCCCCCUCGGCGCCAUCACGCUGGAGGAGCUGGAGAGCGCGAGCGACGGGGCGGCCGGCGGGGACGAGGCGGAGGCGGAGGCGGCGCCGGGGGCGGCCGGCUGCCCGGACUCGGCUUACGGCAGCAGCCUGGAGGACAACCCCGGCGACGAGCAGGAGCAGGAGCGCCUGCUGAGCUACUGGCAGAGCGUGGGCCGCGGGCACCGGGUGGACGUGCCCAGGGAUAUGGCAGAGCCAAUCCAACAGCUGACCAGAAAUAACCAUCCUCAGGAGAGAGAAAGUGUUCCAUUUGUUGUGAUAGCCCGUAAAGAACAGCUUGGGCAUCUUCUUUAUGAAAAACGCCACUAUGAAAAGGCGAAAUGGGCUUGCGUCAAAGUGCAAGAAAAGCAGUAUGAACAGAGCAUAUGCCUAGGAUUCAUGAAGAUUAUGAGAUACAUUUGUCAGCAGAAUUCAUCAGGCCUAUACUUGGGGAUGACUGUUCCCAUUGCAACCAUAGUUCACACCAGUGAGAGCACUCCAGGCAUCACGAGAUUUGUGACUGUAGCAUAUUACCUCCCCAGUGGGCUGCAAGAACAGCCACCUGCACCCAAUGAUCCUGAUAUUGUCAUUGAAGAGUGGCCUCCAACCAUUAUUUAUGCCAGGGCUUUCACAGGAGUCACCAAUGAAACGUCCAUUGCAAGAGAAAUUAAUCUGCUGGCCGAACUUCUAGAGAGUCCUGAGCUGUGUUUGCAAGAUACCUUCAUAGUUGCAGGAUACACGAAUCCAGCUGCUACAAAUCGACAGAACGAAAUAUGGUUUCUUGAAAGACCAUAGCCGGCUAUUUUUGAGCUACAAGACAACCAAGUUCCAUUGACGGAUCACCAUGAAACACGCAGGUGAACUCUAGUCAGCUAGCUGGAAUGAUCAAGAAUAAUAUGUAGCCAUUAACUCUAUAAAGCCUAUUUCCUAAGAAAACAUGAAUAUCACAUUCCACCAGCAUAGCCUGACAGACAAACCAGCUCCCUUCCUCAGCCAUUAAGAAGGAAAACCUGGACUGUCUGUUGCCAGUUUUGAAGGGUUUAUCCUAAUUGUUGCUUCAGUUAUGUGUAGUCACUAAGAUUUUAAGCACUUUCAACAAAAUUAAGACAUAGGAGAUAUUCUGUAUUAAGAGAAAUAAAGCAUUCUGUUCCCUUGGCGUCCCUCCCAAGUCUACAAUUCUAUGAUUCCUCCCAGUAUUUAUUCUGACGUGCAAGAGUGCUUCACUAACUCAAUGGUUUACUUUUGAAGUUGUAGGUAAAACUGCACAAUUUCUGAACAUUUUAUCUGAUGCUACACAAUUGCCAUUCGUUUGAGAGAGGCUACAGAGGUAGAUCCACCCAAAUGAACUGCAUUGUCUGUAAGCAAAUAAUUCCCUAGCAGAUGCUAACAGUAAUUAUUCCUCACUAGUGUCAUUCAGCCCGUUUAGUAAAUGGGCGCUAGCCGGGCGGGAACGGAGGGGAAGCCCUGGGACCGCGCAGGCGUCGCCU